AUGCCAACGGCCGGGUUCACUCUUUUCAAUUUCAUAAUCAUCUUCACAGUUAUCAUGGUAACGUCCAUUAGACAAGACAACGAGCGUCCCGCACCCUCGUCUUCAUUCACAUCGCCUAUCCCGUUCUCAAGCACAGCUCGUGCCCCAGUCACUGGAUAUUUCAGACCUGCCAGGACCGCCAAAUUAUCCUCCGAGCGGAGACCCUUCGCCCCGCAUGCUCUACCUCCAUCGUGCCUAAAGUCCAAAUCACUCAGCCACCAUUACCAAAACUCUGCGACCCUGCCUCCCCUCCACGAGGAUACUAUUGUAAAAGUCACAAAUCCAACCACGCCUCACCUUCUUGAACUGCCAGCCGGACCAUUUAGCGUCCAGUUCCCGCUAUCCGAAAUAGAAAAGCCUGACAGCAAGACUAGCUACUUGCCUCGGACGCCCUAUCCUAUGAGCAGCGAAGAUGACGACCGCUUUUUUUGUCAAUUUGCGAACGUUCUCUAG